GUGACACAGGAAGUCUGCGUGACAGUUCCGUCCCGUGUUUCCCGUCUGCCUUCGGCUUCAGAGAUGACAUCACUUCCUGCCCGGAGAGACUGGAUCUGGACCGGCGCGGGAUGACGGAUGUCCCUCAUCUGGACGCGGCUGGGAAUCUGCGGCUCCUCAACAUGCAGCACAACCUCAUCUCACACCUGCAGGACCUGCUUCACCUGCAGCGCCUUGUGUUCCUCGAUCUCUAUGACAACCGCGUGAUUGACAUGUCUGGAGUCUCCUCCCUCACCUCGCUGCGUGUGCUGCUGCUCGGGAAGAACAGAAUCCAGAGGAUCUGUGAUGUGGACGGCCUCACUAAACUUGACGUUCUGGACUUACAUAAUAAUCAGAUCUCUCAGAUUGAAAAUGUGUCUCGUUUGUCGAAGCUUCGUUUGUUGAAUCUCUCUGGAAACCGCAUCAGUCGAGUGGAGAAUCUGCAGGGUCUGAAAUGUCUGACCGAACUGAACCUGCGACACAACAGCAUCACGUCUGUGACGGAUGUGGAGAAUCUUCCUCGUCUGCAGCGUCUGUUUCUCAGUGCUAACAGCAUCAGCAGGUUGGAUGCGCUGGCCUGUCUGUGGCACUGCCGCUCUCUGAGUGAGCUGAGCGUUGAUGGGAAUCCUGUCGCGCUGGAGUCAUGCUACAGACAGACUCUCCUCCGCUGCUGCUCGCCACACCUUCAGCUGCUCGACAUGAAGCGCGUCACAGUGAGUCCCUUCGGGCCAGUUAUUAAAGACUUUAAUGUUGUUUUACAGACUGUUGAGUGUGUGUGCUCCCGCUCGUCUCAGUCUUCAGAGGAGUGUGUUUGUGUUCGCAGGCCGCAGGACGCCGGUGGGCCCAGCGUUCAGAGUCUGUCCAUAUCUGACAGUCACCUGGCGGAGCUAGACAGCGAGACGCUGCGUCUGUUCGGCCCCGGGGCCCUGGAGACGCUGGAGCGCUGCUGGGGCGUUCAGACAGCCGCGAGCGUCACCGCCGUCGCCUUCAGAUACAUCCACUUCGACUCCAUCAUUCCCAUGUUCCUGCGCAUCCGCCUCAAAUUCCCAAACCUCACGCACCUGAUGUUCAUGGAGACGAGCAUCACUCAUCUCCCUCAGCUGGCGGCUCUGGCUCAGGUGCGGCGUCUGGAGCAGAUCAGUGUUCAUCCAGAGUGGAAUCCAGUGGUGAGACUGACGCUCUGGAGAUCCUUCCUCAUCUACAGACUGCAGCACCUCAACCUGCAGAAGAUCAACGGCACUGAGGUCACCAUGAAUGAGAUCAUGGCCUCGGAGCGGAUGUUCGGCGCUCUGGGUCACAUCGCUGCUACAGAAACGCCACGCUGCCGCCUGCUGCUGCUGCUGGAGGAGUCCAGGAAGCGGCAGCUGCAGUUCCUGCUGGACGGACGUGGGCGCAGAAGCGGUGUGAGUCCAGACGACCUGAAGGAGAACGGCAAACAGCUGGGAGACGCUUUGAGCCGAGCGCUCUUCAGCUAUCCCAGCAGACUGUCCGACGGCCCCGAGGAGGGUGGUGCUGAUGCGUCGGAGCGCUCUGCGAUGGUUCAACAGUAUCUGCGAGGGCUGAUCCACAGAGCUUCCGGUCACUGCGUGAAGGCAGACGCUCUGCAGAAGCUCUGGCCGUCGCUAUAA